AAUUGAGUUUGACAUGCAUUCGCUUGGAAAGUGCUUGUUUAUUUUGUGAAAUUUGGAAACCAUUCAUCAAAUUAUUACAAUUAUUAAUUCUUGAGGCAUACGUAUUACUUGCCUAUAUUGAAAACAACUAUGUCGAUAACAACAUUGUAUUAUUUAGAAUUAAAGAAAGAAAAUGCUCAUGAAGACUCAAUCUGGUGUUGUGGCUGGAGUAGAAUUGGUCAUGAAAAGCAGAAACCUCAGGAUAAUGGUGAAAAUAACGAGAACUCUCAGGACUCAAACCAUUCUCAGGAAGCAGUAGAAGAUUAUAUCAUUACAGGAGGGUUGGAUGAUAUAAUUAAAAUUUGGCAGUUAGAUAAUGGAAAGCUUGAACUAAGGCACCAACUGGAAGGACAUUCUCUCGGCGUCAUAUCCGUGGCAGUGAGUCCCGACGGUAAAACAUUAGCAAGCAGUUCUCAAGAUUCCUCCUUGAUCCUAUGGGAUAUUGCAUCCGGUGAAAAACUCAAGACGAUGGAGCAGGGCUCCUCCGAUGUGUGGACACUAGACUUUUCACCUGACGGCAAGCAUGUGAUCUCAGGAAGCAAUGCUGGGAAGAUCCUCAUAUUCAGUGUGGAGAGCGGCAAGCAGGAACAGACAUUGGAUACGAGGGGGAAAUUUACACUUAGCGUUGCUUAUAGUCCUGACGGCAAGUACAUAGCCAGCGGUGCUUUGGACGGUAUCAUCAACAUCUUUGACGUAGCACAAGGCAAGCUGGUGCACACGCUAGAAGGCCACGCCAUGCCCAUUCGCAGCCUCUGCUUCUCACCCGAUUCGCAGCUACUGCUCACUGCAUCUGAUGAUGGCCAUAUGAAGCUUUAUGAUGUAGUCCACGCGAACCUGGCCGGCACGCUGUCCGGGCACGCUUCAUGGGUGCUCUCGGUCGCGUUUUCACCGGACGGCAAACGCUUCGUAUCCAGCAGUGCCGACCGCACCGUCCGGGUGUGGGACCUGGACUCCAUGCAGUGCCAGAAUGUGUUCAAGGACAACAGUGACCAGGUUUGGGGAGUGAAGUUCAACGCAGAUAGCAACAAAAUAGUAUCUGUUUCCGAAGACAAAAGUUUAAUCAUUUACUCGUGUCCAUUAUAGCGUGUAUAUAAUUAAUGAAAUAAACAAUUUUACUAUAAA